AUCCGAUAAAAGGGCCCGACUCCUUUCCCAAUCGCCACAGUCCCUUUCUCCCUCGCUUAGAUCCAGGGCUUGUUGCUACUGUUGGAGUAGAAGAAGAGGUCUCGACGGAGCUCGCGGGAUCUGAGAUCCGCUCUGCUAAUCUUUUCCACAUUUACUUCCACAAUUUUUAAGCUGCAGUAUACUAAAGCAAUUGUUGAUAUGUUAUCAAGUGCAUCAUGGCUAUGAAAGGGAAUGCAGCAGAUAAUAGAACCCGGAGCUCGAUAUCUAUAUUUAUUGUAAUUGGCAUGUGUGGCUUCUUCUAUGUUCUCGGAGCAUGGCAAAGGAGUGGUUUUGGAAAGGGGGACAGCAUAGCUGUUGAGAUCACUAAGCAAACAGAUUGCACCGUCUUGCCCAAUCUUAGUUACGAUACUCAUCAUGAUCGAGCAAGCAAUCUUGAAGAACUUGGUUCAAAAGCUGAGAAUUUUGAGCCAUGUGAUGAUCGCUACAUUGAUUACACUCCCUGCCAAGAUCAAAAACGGGCUAUGACCUUUCCAAGAGCAAACAUGAAAUACCGAGAGAGACAUUGUCCGCCGGAAGAAGAAAAGUUGCACUGCCUUAUACCAGCACCCAAAGGAUAUGUUGCGCCGUUCCCAUGGCCAAAAAGCCGUGACUAUGUCCCCUAUGCAAAUGUCCCCUAUAAGAGUUUGACAGUUGAGAAGGCUAUUCAGAACUGGGUUCAAUAUGAGGGCAAUGUGUUCAGAUUCCCUGGUGGAGGAACACAGUUUCCUCAAGGCGCAGAUGCAUAUAUCGGCCAACUUGCUUCUGUUAUCCCGAUUGCUAAUGGGACAGUCAGAACUGCUCUGGAUACUGGCUGCGGGGUUGCAAGCUGGGGAGCUUACCUGUUCAAAAGGAAUGUGCUGGCCAUGUCAUUUGCACCAAGGGACUCACAUGAAGCACAGGUUCAGUUUGCUCUGGAAAGAGGUGUGCCUGCGGUUAUUGGUGUCCUUGGGACUAUAAGGCUCCCAUAUCCAUCUAGAGCCUUUGAUAUGGCCCAUUGUUCAAGGUGCUUGAUUCCAUGGGGAUCAAAUGAUGGAAUGUACAUGAUGGAGGUGGAUCGGGUUCUUAGGCCUGGUGGGUACUGGGUGCUUUCAGGCCCUCCAAUCAAUUGGAAGAUGAAUUAUAGGGCAUGGCAACGUACAAAGGAGGAUCUUGAGGAGGAACAAAGAAAGAUCGAAGAAAUUGCUGAACUUCUUUGUUGGGAAAAGGUCUCUGAGGAGGGUGAAAUUGCUGUCUGGAGGAAGAGAAUAAAUACUGAUUCUUGUCCUGUGAGGCAAGAUGAACCCCGUGUUAAAAUUUGUGAAUCAACAAAUGCAGAUGAUGUCUGGUACAAGAAGAUGGAGGCAUGCGUAACCCCUUUUCCUGAGGUUAACAGUCCUGAAGAGGUUGCCGGAGGAGAACUGAAGACAUUUCCAGACAGGCUAAAUGCUGUUCCCCCUAGAAUAACUAGUGGUUCAGUUCCUGGAUUCUCAGUCCAGAAAUAUCAGGAAGACGACAAAUUGUGGAAGAAACAUGUUAAAUCUUAUAAAAAGAUCAAUAGGUAUCUUGACACAGGACGAUAUCGCAAUAUAAUGGACAUGAAUGCAGGUUUGGGCAGUUUUGCUGCAGCAAUUGAAUCUCCAAAAUUAUGGGUGAUGAACGUAGUGCCUACUAUAGCUGAGAAAUCUACUUUGGGUGUCGUGUAUGAACGGGGCUUGAUUGGCAUAUAUCAUGACUGGUGUGAAGCUUUCUCCACUUAUCCAAGGACAUAUGACCUUAUUCAUGCCAAUGGUGUUUUCAGUUUGUACCAGGACAGGUGCAAAAUGGAGGACAUCCUUUUAGAGAUGGACCGUAUCUUAAGGCCAGAAGGUGCAGUAAUAUUCCGUGACCAAGUUGGUGUCCUGACAAAGGUGAAGCAGAUGGUUAGUGGCAUGAGAUGGAAUACUAAGAUGGCAGAUCAUGAGGAUGGCCCUCUUGUGCCUGAAAAAAUAUUGGUUGCUGUGAAACAGUAUUGGGUUAGUGGCGACAACAACCAAACAGCUGUUGCAUGAAAAAGGAUACCAUUUUGAUGAACCGAGUCACCAUCUGCACAUGGUAGUGAAUUUCUGGAACCAGUUGGACAGGAUUGACCAGUUAGGCUUUGCCCACUUUUGAUAGGGAAAGCUCAAAAGCAUUCACUAAUUGAAAUUCAAGCUCGUUUUGGUUGUUGGAUGGUCGUAGUAUUUAUUUUUCUUGCGUGAUUUUGCUUCAUAAUCCCUUGUAUUAUCUUAAUUUAACCUUUCCUGCCAAUGUUCCUGAAAGAUUAUAGGCAUUGAAUUUUGGGAUUGUAAAUCAAGGCCUGCUAAAGAUGUAAUCUAAAUUUACAAGAGAUGAAUGUUUGAAAUCCCAACCUCCAGUUGAAUGAAUAUUGGCAUAUCACUUGGUGCAGACA